AUGGACAUACUAAAACUGCUUGUGGAAAACCCGCUGGCAAUUUUCUCCCUAACAAAAGAUGACUCGACCAUAGAUAAAAUCAACAGCAUCACCAAGCUGUUCUUGGACCCGAUUGCCAAAGACAACUCGGUGCUAGAUGAGAUAUAUGUUGAUGGCCUCGAUGCCACACAGGUUUACGGUCAGGCAAAGAUGGUUCUUAGCGGCGUCGGUGAGUCACUCUUAUACGAAAAGCUUCCUGAACUAAGAAAGAAGUAUGGCGCUCGUGGCCUGGAGCCGGCUGGUCUGGAGCCUGAGGCGCUGGAGAGCGAAGAGGAAGAAGAAGAAGAAGAGAAGGAAAAGAGUGAAGGAGAGAAUGAAGGGGGAGAGAAAACUGAAGAAAGUGAAGAUGAGGAUGGUGAAACCAAGGCAAGUGACAGCGAAGAUGAUGCGGCCUCUGACUUUGAGGGCCCCGAAUCUGACCAUUCGGACCUGGACUCCGAUACCAAAGUCGGUACUGAAGAAGAGCCUGCUAAGAUCGAGAAGGACGCUUUUGGGCUCAACGACGAAUUUUUCGAUAUCGACGAUUUCAACAAGCAGAUAGUGGAGCUUGAGGACGACCCCAGUGACAAUGACGAGCAGAUCGACUACUUUGGCGAUUUGAGUGAUGAGGACGACAGCGAGGCAGAGAUGGACUACUAUGAUGGAUUUUUCGAUAAACCAGGGCGCAAAAGGUCCAAGAAGAAUGCUGUGGCGAGUCAGGAGGAUCAGAAUAAUGUGAGCGAGUUGGAGGAUGAAGAGUACGAAGAUGCUGUCGAUGGGGCCAUGUUAGAUCUUUUUGCAGACGAGGAUGAGCACGAGAAGGAGCACAAGGAAAACCAGUCUUCUUUUGAGAAACAGCAGGAAAAACUUCGAGCUGAGAUCGCCAACUUGGAAGCCGAGCUUGUGGCAGAGAAAAAAUGGACCAUGAAAGGUGAGGUUCGCUCCCGUGAUAGACCCACUGACUCGCUUCUAGACGAUGAUGAAGCACCUUCUCUUGAGUUCGACCGCACGUCCAAGCCAGUUCCUGUCAUAACAGAUGAAGUGACGGAGAGUAUCGAGGAUCUCAUCAAAAGAAGAAUUAAAAAUGACGAAUUUGACGACCUACCAAAAAGAUUAAUCACAGAUAUCUCCCAAUACACGCAGAAGAAGAAAACGGAGGUUUCUGAGGAGAAGAGCUCGAAGUCUUUGGCAGAAAUUUACGAAGACGAGUACCAUGGAGUCGACCCUGAUCAAAAGAUCUCAGAGGAAGUGCAACAGGCACACGAUGAAAUCACAGACUUGUUUACAAAGCUUAAUUACAAACUCGACUCGUUAUGCCUGGCUCACUACAUACCGAAACCCCACGAGUUCAAGACGAUCGACAUCAAAGUCACCGACGGAGCGGCUUCAAUCAACAUGGAGGAUGCUCAGCCAUUGCAUGUUUCUGAAGAAACCACCCUUGCCCCACAAGAAGUGUACAAGAUUGGCGACGAUAAGGCACAGGCCAAUGGAGCUGAGGGCGUGAAGGAAGUACAGUUGAAGAGCGGAUUGUCAUACUCCAAAGACGAGCUCAGCACCGAGGACAAGCAGAGAUUAAGAAGAGCAAAGAAGAGAGCUAAGUCGAAGCACAUGAAGGAGAUCAAUGAAGCGAGAGAGCAGAGGAAAAAGCAAAUGUCCGAUGGUGGAGAUAAGAAGCGUCAAAAGGUGGGCGAUGCAUUGGGCGAUUUGGCGAAGGCAAAGAAUGUCACUGUGAUAGACAAGAAGGGACAAAUGAGAGAUGCCCUGGGGCAGUUGAAGAAGCAAAAGGGCCCCCAGUCGGGCUCGGAUUUCAGGUUAUAG